AUGGAGCCUUGGGCUGUGCAGUGGCUUCUGGGCCUUCGGGGAAGGACACCCUGCCGGGUGGAGUCUGGGGGCAGGACCCCGGGAGGCGGGCGGGGGCUGGUGAGACACCCGGGCUGCCUGAAGCAAGGGCGGCUCGGCCCAGCACCCCCUCAGCCCCCCAGGACACUGUCGGCCACGCGCAGGACCGCUUCUGCUCGACGGCGGAGGGCGGUCCCCAGGACCUGGGAUGCUGGACCCAGGGAGGACGGUCCCAGGGCCCCGGCGCUGGUGAGGCUGGCAGCCCGUGAACUGUCUGCCAGGACCACGAUAGCGAUGAUGCGCGUGCUGGUUACGUGUUUGGGUCCUCGGUGCGCCAGGCGGUUUUCUAAGUCCUUCGCGUGUACCAGCUCGUUUAACUUUCACGGGAGCCAGGGAGGCAGCUCCCUGCGAACCUUCCGGAAUGCAGUGGGUGUCCCAGAGGGAGACGUGUGGUCUAGCCUCUUCAGGUCCAGCCUUUGGCCCAAGGAUGCGAUCUCGGUCCUCCUCGAGUUCCUCGCCGGCUGCGUCCUGUGCCUCCAGGAUGCGGGUCCGGAGGCGCUCGUGGGCCUCUUCCGCCAGACUCACUCAGGCCCUGCAGCCCGGCGCUCGGGCGCGCCCCAGGUGCAGGAGCGCCACCCCGCAGAGAAGCAUCACCGCAGGUGCUCCCAGCCUGGGCUGGGCUCCCAUUCGGCCGCACAGACGAUGCUCUGCUGUUAG